ACAGUUGCUUUGUGGUAGUACCAGAAGAGAAAAAUGGCGGCUACCGUACUACGAGCUGGAGGAAUGGGACCUGCACCCGCCUGGGGGCCAGAGGCUAUCACCCCAGACUGGGAAAACCGAGAAGUCUCCACAGGGACCACGAUCAUGGCUGUGCAGUUUGACGGGGGCGUGGUUCUGGGGGCGGACUCCAGAACAACCACUGGGUCCUACAUCGCCAAUCGAGUGACUGACAAGCUGACUCCUAUUCAUGACCGAAUUUUCUGCUGCCGCUCAGGUUCAGCUGCUGAUACCCAGGCAGUAGCAGAUGCUGUCACUUAUCAGCUUGGUUUCCACAGGUGCUUGUGGGGCGGGGAGGAGCUUCCCAUGGGAGGUAUGAUGGUAAGGCAAUCCUUUGCCAUUGGAGGUUCCGGGAGCUCAUAUAUCUAUGGCUAUGUUGAUGCUACCUAUCGGAAAGGGAUGACCAAGGAGGAGUGUCUACAGUUCACUGCCAAUGCUCUUGCUUUGGCCAUGGAGCGGGAUGGUUCCAGUGGAGGGGUGAUCCGCCUGGCAGCCAUUGAAGAAUCAGGGGUUGAACGGCAGGUACUUUUGGGAGACCAGAUACCCAAAUUCACCAUUGCCACUUUACCACCCCUCUGAUCCUGAGAUUCUAGGCUGCAAUAAGAGAUACCAGUACCCUAUAAUGAUUCAAAAUUUAAUAAACAGUUU